GCUGUGAUCUUGGCUCUGUAUUUAGAUGAAGGUUUUAAACCACUUGAACUUUUCUUUAUGGAAAGCAGAAACUGUUGGAGCUACGCAGCAGGUUAGGCAGCAUCUGUGGAGAGAGAGAAACAGAGUUAACACUUCAGGUCAAUGGCCUUUCCUCAGAACUGAAUGGAAAGCAGUGAAGCUGAAUUCUUUCAAGUCUGCUUUACCACCUCUGAGGAGCUUGCAGAACUUCCAUUUUAUGAGACAGAUAUUAAAGAACUGUUUAAAGUUUGCAACCAAGCGAAUGCAGAGAGAAGUUGCAAAAGACAACGUCCAAAGCGGAAAUAUAAAUUGACCCAGGAAAUGGAAAAAAAAAGUUCUGCAGCUGCGAAGAUUAGGAGGAUGCCACCAAACUAUUUUGUUGCAAUACCUAUUACAAACCAACAGAUUCUGGACAAAAUUGAGGAUGUCCAGGAGCUGGUGGUAACCAAAGAACCCAAAUUGCUUCCUGCUGUGGUUCCUGCCGGGAGGAUGCAUUUGACCAUCAUUGUUGCUCACCUAGCUACACCAGCGGAAGUAGAGAAAGCUGUGUCAGCAUUACAACAGUGUAAGAGCAAAGUGGACGCCAUCCUAGAGGGAAAACCUCUAAAUCUACAAUUCCAGGGAAUAGGACAAUUUAAUGACCAGGUUCUGUUUGCAAAACUGUCAGAAGAUACCAGUGAUAAAGUAACAGCUGACCUGAAAGCAGUGGCCGAAACCAUUGAGAUAUUGUUUCGAGAAUUAGGUGUGAAUAUUGAAGACAGCAGUGAGUUCAAGCCUCAUGCAACCUUUCUGAAGCUUUCCAAAUCACCUGCACUUCGCCGCAAGGGCUUUCGAAAAAUCUGCCCAGACCUCUACAAGGAAUAUAAAAAUGCCAUCUUUGGCACAGAAGUGUUUGCACGUAUUGAUCUCUGCUCAAUGAUUAAGAAAAAGCAGCCCUCUGGUUAUUACCAUUGUGAGAGCUCAAUAAAUGUAGGGAACUCAGGAGUCGCCAGAGCCGUUGUAUCUCCAGAAGAAUCAGCAAAGCAGAUGGAGCCAGAAAUGUCAUUUGGGUCAGAAGACCAUGAAGAGGAACGUAUGGUCUCUGCACUCCAUCUGACAGAACUAUCUGCCAUAGAGCCUGCAGAUCUGCAAGGAAGUGUGCAGAGUCCUUCAAGAAGCCCAUUGCCUCAUCAUGCUUUGGUGCAAGUGAAUCAACCCCUCACAACUAACUUUGCGCAUGUGCAGAAAGAGGGAUUUGAUACAAUUCAUGAUGACUUAGUGGAUUUAAAAGGAAUUGUCCAGUCUAGUCUAGAGGUCACUCAGGCUACAAUACAAAAUAUUGUAGACCUCCUGCCAUCCACCAUUCAGACAGAACCUGAAAAAGGUUCUGCCCUAUCUGGAUUGUCUGCAACACAAACUGAAAUGCAAGAGUUCAAGUGCAUUAUGCAGUCUGAAAUGGAGCAGUUGGAGAAGUCUGUCCAGUGUGGCUUUGCAGAAUUGAACAGUAACAUAUCUGGACUGAGUCGGAAUAUUGCUGACUUGGUCAACAUUCUGACUCUGGUUCAUACUUGUAAUCCUGCUGAUGCAUCCUGUCAAAAUAUCUGA